UUGUUUUUCCAUAAAAAAAAAGGAGGUGAAAUGUUUUUCCUUUCGGUUUAAGUUGUUAGUUAUGUUUUUAAUCACAUAAUUAUUUGAUUAGGUUUGAAAUAGUGGUUGUUGUUGUUCUAGUUAAAUGGAUGGAGCGCAGACCUGACUAGUGAUUCAGUUAGAUUCCAGUUUGUUGUUCAAUGUUCCGGUCAUCUCUCAGCUCCACAUAGAUUCUAAAAUGGAUUUGCCCAACACUCAUCUGCACAAUCCCAACAAUCUCCAACAAUCUCCGCCCAAUCAUGCUGCAAACGGACAUCUCGUCUAUGUCCGUAGAAAAUCAGAAGGAGAAACACCCAAAAAUACAGCUUUCGAUAAUACAAGGCAACUUUAUUGUGAAGAGGAGAUCGUUCAACCAAAACAUCAGAUAAAGGACCCUAAGGUUUCUUGUUUCCCAGCAUUUGCACCUUCACUUGGGAACUCCGUGUAUUGGGAAGAGCGUUAUCAACAGUUGCACAUGUUUUUAAGGAAAUUGGACCAAUCAAACCAAGCCGACUACAUCCAAAUGCUUCAUUCUCUGUCUUCCAUUCAACUUAGCAGACAUGCUGUUGAGUUAGAGAAGAGAUCAAUUCACCUUUCACUCGAAGAAGCGAAAGAAUUACAGCGAGUUGCUGCUUUAAACGUCUUGGGGAAACCAGUGAAGAACUUCAAAGCACCGGCGGAUCAUGGCGAGUGUUCAGACAAGUUGAAGACAUCGACAUGACCUUUCUGCCUUUUAUGCUGCAGUAAAUUCCCUAAGGCAGUGGAAACUUGAGACUGUUUACUGUGCAUAGUUGCAAUGUUUUUAUGCUGAUUGUUUUUAAUCUUCUGGAUAUCCAGUUAACUUAGAAAGUAAUUUGCAUCUCUUUGUUGUUGUUGUUAUUAUGAAAAUGAAAAAGGGGGAUUGUUUAUA